AAUUAUCCGUAAAUUCCCCAUUAGAUUAAUCAUCAUCAUCAUCAUUAUAAUGAUGAUUUCUUUCAAUUGAAAUCCGAAUCAUAUCAAAGAAUCGAAUCGAACGACGACGAAGAGAGAAAGAACAUUGAGAAUUUGUUUGGUUGUGUGUUGAAAUUUACAAGUUUUUUUUUUCGUGAAAAAAAUCAAAGUUUUUUUGAAAAAAAGAAACGAAAUGCCCACAUGUAAAUCAAUAAAACGUUUAAUUCCAGCAUCAUGUGCAUGGAUUCUAUUAUUAACUACUACCGGAUUAUUUUUUAUUUAUCCCUGCCGUCGUUUACAUGAAGAAUAUCAUUUUUCCAUAACAAUAGCUCAAGCAAUAAUUGCUUUUUAUGUUAUUUCCAAUUUAUUUGCCACUACAUUUGUUGAUCCGGGUAUUAUUAAACGAGCUGAUUCGGAUGAAGAUAAAGAUGAUUUUCGUGCACCAAUCUAUAAAGAAGUACAAAUAAAAGGACAUACUGUACGAAUGAAAUGGUGUUCUACUUGUCAAUUUUAUCGUCCACCAAGAUGUUCACAUUGUUCUGUUUGUGACAAUUGUAUUGAAAAAUUUGAUCAUCAUUGUCCAUGGGUUAAUAAUUGUAUCGGUAGAAGAAAUUAUCGUCAUUUCUUUUUUUUCCUGAUAUUCUUAACCAUACAUAUGAUUACAAUAUUUAGCUGGUGUUUAAUAUUUGUGAUAAAUAAUCGUAAUAAUGUUAAUGAUACGGCUGUUGUUGUUUCAAUUACAUUAAUCGUAAUCAUUACCAUAUUUUUCAUUCCAAUUGUUGGCCUAACUGGUUUUCAUAUUGUACUUGUUGUUCGUGGUCGUACUACAAAUGAACAGGUCACAAGGAAAUUUAAUCGCCAAAUUAAUCCAUUUUCAAAUGGUUUUGGUUAUAAUUUUAUAUUUACUGUUUGUGGACCUAGAUAUCCUGGAUUGCAUACGGCAAACCAUUUAAAAACAACACCAAAAGAUUCAGAUAUUCGAAUCUAUAUGGAUAAUAAACCGGAUAAUAAUGAAAAAAAAUUGGAUGAUUUAAAUUUUUCCGUUGUUGAUAAUCCAAAAGAUAUUUUACUUGAAAGAUUUGAUGAUGGACCAAUUGGAAACACUAAUAGUAAUAAUAAUAAUCCGAAUUUGAAUCAAAAUCAAAAAAGAAUCGUGAAUGAAUCUUAUCAAGAAUCUUCUUCAUUAAUUCGAAAUCAACAACAACAACAUUCGAAUAAUCGAAUUCAACAGCAACAACAACAAUCGAUUAAUCGAUUGGGAAAUAAUAAUGGAUUAAAAGCGGAAGAAAAUCAUGUCGUUACAAUGCAUCAUACGGAAAAUGGUACAAAAGAGACAACAUUUAUUGCAUUAUCGUCAUCAUCAUCAUCAUCGAAUCCGAAUAAUAAUGAUUCGUCGAAUAAUAAAUUAUCAUCAAGUAUAUUUCCAAAUCAAUAUAAUAAUAAAAUAUCAGCAAAAAGUUUAUCGAUUAAUGAAAAAAUAUCAGCAAAUUUAAUGAACAAACAACAACAACAACAACAAUAUUCAUCACCAAUGAAAAAUGAUCAUCCUCAUCAUCGUUUUGGUGGUAAUAUUAAUGUUAAUGCUAAUGGCCCUGAAGGUGGAAUGCUUAUCUAUUAUUCACCUGAUGCAGGCUAUAAUAAUGUAAAUAAUUUACUACAUUCAAAUAACCGAUAUAAUUCGGAUACUGAGCUUCAAAAUUUUCAAUCAUUACCAUCAUCAUCAACAACACAAAUGAAAAAUAAUAAUGGAAAUUUCCUUCAAUAUAUCGAUGAUGAUGAUGAUUCAUUAGAUUUUGGUUUGAAUAGUACAAGCAGUGAUAAUGUAACAACAAAAACGAAAAAAUAUUUUAAACAACCACCACCACCGUCAUCAUCAUCAUCAUCAAAACCAAUGCCUUUUCAAAAAGCAUUAGAUAUUAGCAAUAAAAUUGAACAUCAUCAUCAACAACAACAAAAUAAAAAUAAUGGUGCCAAUACUGGUGUUGUUGGUAGAAACCAGGUUGAAAAUACUGUGAAUAAUAAUUCGAAUCGUCAAAGUCAAUAUGAAAUGAAUUAUGAAAUAUCUGUUUGAAAUGAAAAAAAUUGAUUAAA